AUACACCCGACCAAGGAGACAAAAACAAAAUGCAAGGCGAUAACGACGACGACGAUCGCCUGGUCGUAGGGGGGGCGUUCUACGACUUGGCGUCCCAGUGCCUCACACCCCUCGUCGGGGGGCGAGGGGGCCCCGUGAAUGGUGGCUUGUGGUCUGACGUGGUGAAGGCUAGGCGUGCGGGAGACUCAAGUGGCUCUCAGGGUGGUGCGAACGGCACGAUUCGAGCGACGUACUCGUUCGCGGAGAGCUUCGACGGCACCUCCUCGUUGCAGUUCACGGGUGUUCUGAACGAAAAAACCACCGCUUCUUUCCCUCUCUACAGCUGCGAUGUACCCCUGCCUGCGGAGCCCCUAGAGAUCCGGUUGACCUUCUGCGGCAACGCCGACAGCGAAAUGGCCCUACUCCUGUCCCUAGACGUACCCGGUCAGCUCGGGGGACGCCGUGAAGUGGUUCUUCGCGACUGGGGGAAGGAGGGAGCUCCCAAGAAGCAGCAGGCGAUUUUCUCGAAACGGCUGACCUUCACGGAGACAAAGGCCACGUACUGCCCGGUGCGCGAGGAGAGCGGCCGGGGGCUAUCGGCGGCGGCGUCAGCAGAAGAUGGUCUCCAAGCUAGGGUCAGAGCUCUUCGUGAUGCCGGGGAGUCCUAUGAUGCCAUCCGGACCCGGCUUGGCGAGGAGCGCAAUGGCCGCGCUGACUCGCCUUCUUCUGCUGCCGCCACCGGCACAUCCCUAUCGUCAACAUGGAUCACCCGGACGUACGUUGUGCGGGACCUCCGGAUGGGAGGGUCUCGCGCCAUCCGCGAGGUAAGCUUGGUCUGCGCCCGGCGAAGAAAGUCGCCGACCUUGUCUACCCAAGGAGAGGGCGGAGAAAAGGUGGCGGCGAGAUCGGCGUGGUCCGCCCUCCCGGGUGGAAGGCGUCUCGAAGACAGCGGUGGCGGCGUUAGCAACGCCGGCGGGAGGAGCGGGGCGGAACGGAGGGGAGUUGCAGGGCUAGCGGCGUAUCGCGCUUUCCUGGGCGAGGUGGUAAUCGGCCCCUGGCGACGGGAAACGCCCUCCACGUUCGGGAGGAUCGAGGGCCUGCGCGCGGAAGAGGUGGCGUGUUUCUACGGCGAGGGCGAGACCGGUGGCGGCGGCGGCGGCGGCGGAGGCGGAGGCAUCGCCGUCGACCUAUCCCUUGCCUGGGAAUCCGAAGGCUGCGUCGGCAGGGGCAGGGGUUCUGCCAAGAGGGAUGGCGUGUUUGGUGCCGGGUCUCCGUGGGCCACGCUCCACUGCGACGUCUGGGGGGUACGCGGCGGAGAAGAAGAGGGGGGGGGCGGUCACUGGCGGUGGCUGGGCAGGGCGUACGGGCAGAAGUACCGCCUGACGAACCUUCGGGUUGGUGGUGGUGGGGGUGGCCGCGAGGGAGGGGGGGCAAGGGGCGAGGCAACCAGCGGGUCGUCGCUGGUGCUCGCGGUGCAGCAGGUCAACGCCAUGGGCUAUAGAGAGCCUGUUGAAGACUGGGCCCGGCUGCACCUGUGUCUGCCAUGAUUCACACCGCAGCCCCCCCAGCUGCUGCUGGUCGCUUCCAAGGGUAACGCCUCCUCGAUGCGUACAUACUUCGUGAAAUGUGUCGCUUUUGUCUCAAAAUAUCAAUCGGUCCGGUGAACCUUCUUCCAUCGGUACCGGUCCAACUUACCCGCGGACGCCUUCCGUUGUCACGAGCCAAAAGUAGCGUGGCGUGCGAAAGGAGGUCUUGGGUGCGACUAUGUUCGCUUGUGCGCGGUAUCUACUGUGAUAGGUCGCACGCGCGCACAAUUGUUGAACUAUCGUGAGGUGUCGUUCGAGUAAAAAAAUGCAGGAAUCGCUUUUGAUAGGGCAAUGUCGGCAAUGUGGACGUGUGGUGGUGGGUGUUAGUGGUCUCCAUUGUAAAACGGACGGAGGUUGCUUUUGGUGCGCGCUGUGGUGCCGUAUUGGUUUGGUGGGCGAGGGUGCUGCAUCUCAGCGAAGGAGACAGGAUUGAUACGAGG